AUGACCAAAGCAUCACUGAACGGGAGAGUGCUGGCCUUCGUCGAGGCACGGAUGCCCGACGAGAUGGCCGGCCUCAUCCGGCGGCACGGCGGCGUACCCAUGGGUGCGCCGGUGAUGCAAGAGCACUACCGCCAGGACAGCCCUGAGGUGCAGCAGGCGAUUGACGACGUCUGCGCCGGACGGGUCGCCACGGUCAUCUUCCUGACCGGGGUUGGCGCGGAGGCGAUGAUGGGGAUCGCGGAUGGCAUGGGCCGGCUGUCCGAGUUUGAGGAAGCGCUGCGCGGCACCACAGUGGUGGCGCGCAGCCCAAAGCCCGGCAGAAUCCUGCGGCGGCACAAGAUACCUAUCAAUAUCAUGCCGCCGGAGCCGUAUACCUCAAGCGACCUCAUCGCGGCCAUGAAGGACCUGGACCUCGAAAACAACCGGGUGAUCUACCAGCGCUACGGUGGGCCAGACUCCGAACUCCCCACCUACCUGCGGGAGCAGAGGGCCGACUACCAGGAGUUGACGCUGUAUGACUGGGGGUUGCCCGAAGACACCGCCCCGGUGGUUGAUCUGAUCGACCGGAUCGAGCAGGGAGAAGUUGACGCGCUGGCCUUCACCAGCCGGCCGCAGGUGCCGAACCUGAUGACCAUCGCCGCCAACUCAGGGCGCGAAGCAUCGCUGCGGGCGAGCCUCAGCGGGCCCGUAGCGGUGGCUUCAGUGGGCCCGGUAUGCACACGGAAGCUGAAGGAGUUUGGCAUCCCAGUGGACGUGGAACCGGAUCACCCGCACAUGGGCAACCUGGUGAUGGCGGUAGCGGAGUAUUUCGGGGACGCCGGCUAG